AUGCCUGCCGACACUCCCUCCCACUUCCUCUCCGGAAAGUCGAUAUUUGUCAUUGGUGCCGGUCUUUCCGGCUCUGCCUUUGUUGCCAGUCUCCGUGCGGUCUGGGACCACGACGUUCCGUUUCCGAAGCUUACUGUCUUUGAUCGCGACCCCAAGAGCACACAUGAACGACGCGGCGGGUACAGCCUAUCUUUGUCUGGGAGCGACGACUCGGGAGGGCUCGUCGCCCUCAACAAAUCCGGACUUCUCGCAGAGGUAUUGCGCAACGCCAUUGCCGGUGUGGGUGGCGAUGGUGCUUUCAAGCUCUGGACACCCGCUUGGAAAGUGCUCGCAGGAGCCCGGCGAAGGCCGGUAGACGGAAUACCUACAGCAAGUGUACGGAUUUCCCGAAAGGUCAUUCGUCGAGUACUACUUGACGCUGCUCAGCUGAAUUCUGAAGACGCUGUUCGUUGGAAUACUCGGUGCGUGUCCGUAUCCAAGCUACCAAACGGUCGUCUAGCAGUAGGAGUAGUCCGAGGGGAUGAAAGCGAACCUAGGAUUAUGGAAUGCGAUCUCGUCAUCGUUGCGGACGGCGCCAAUAGCAAGAUCCGUAACCAUCUAAGACCGGACGACGGGUUGGAAUACACAGGUGCCGUCCUGCGCACCGGCAUAUCACGACUUUCCGGGUCACUGCCAGAGGAGAUUGGUAGAAACUGGGGCUUCGUACUAUCUGGUACAGGCACCUCGUUUUUCGUUUCUCCCGUGGGAGAAAAGGACGUUCAAUGGGCUGUUGGCCAUAUCGAGGAAAAGGUGUGUACAGAGACGGGCGAUAUGGGCCAUCCGAAGCGCGUCAUCGAGCGGGCUUCAGAUCUCGGCUCCAAUAUUGCCGAGCCAUUCAAGACAAUUCUUUCACACACGGAUCCAGAUACUGUGAUGUGUAUCAACGCCUACGACAAGCUUCCAUUUCAGCACUCGGAUAUCAGUGCGAUGCCGGUUGUCUUCAUCGGCGAUAGCAAUCACGCCCUCAGCCCUUUCGCGGGGUACGGCGCCAAUCUUGGUCUCAGUGAUGCAUGGGAUCUCGCAGAGCAGCUUGCCAAGGGUCCUUCACUAGAGAAGGCCAUUCGCGCGUAUGAUGCCAUUAGCUUUCCACGAGCGUCCAAGAUUGUCAGAGGUGCACGAGGACGGCUGCGGGCUGGUCACAGCACGGGGCUGAGAUAUCUUCUUUUCAUGUUUGUGUUGCUUUUCGCUCGGGUCUUUCGUUGGGUUUUCCGCAAAUAG